CGCUGCGCUGGCGAUGCCCGGGUCCCCGCUGGUCGCCGUCCGCCAGGACCCGGGGGAGGAGGCCGGAGGGGAGCCCGGCCGCGGGGAGCCCGGCGCCUCCCACCAGCGGGACAAGAUGAAGCGGACCCUAAUGAAAGAUUGGAAGACCCGCUUGAGUUACCUCUUACGGAACUCCUCCUCGGCCGGGAAGCCAAAAGCCAAAGGCGAACGGCAAGCCUACGUUCGCCCUUCCCCUGAAGAAGCCCGGCUGUGGGCGGAAGCAUUCGACGAGCUCCUCGCCAGUAAAUAUGGUCUGGCUGCGUUCAGGGCUUUUCUGAAAUCUGAAUUCUGUGAAGAGAAUAUCGAGUUCUGGCUGGCCUGUGAAGACUUCAAGAACACCAAGUCCCCACAGAAGAUGACAUCAAAGGCCAAGAAAAUCUACACCGACUUCAUAGAGAAGGAAGCGCCGAAGGAGAUAAACAUAGACUUUCAAACGAAAACCCUGAUCGCCCAGAGUAUCGAAGAGGCUUCCAGCGGCUGCUUCGCUACGGCCCAGAAGAGGGUGUACAGCCUGAUGGAGAACAACGCCUAUCCCCGUUUCUUGGAGUCGGAGUUCUACCAGGACUUGUGCAGGACGUCCCCGUUGAGCGGGGAGCCUCGGGGAACGUGAGCCCGGGGCCGAGGAAGCGAUCCUUCUCCCCGGAGAAAGACGGCUCCCGUCCGGACAGAACGGACGGACCGGCCCGCCGGGGCAGCCCCCUAACGCGGCCCCGGGGCGGAUUGGGACGCCGACCGAGCGCUUCCCUCGGAAGCCGUUCGGAGACGGGAACGACCGCCUCGUCUGACCGCUCUGUGCGGGUGCACGUGCGUAUGUGUGUGCGAUUGUAUAUACGUAUUUAUGUCGCGGCGCGGUGGAGAAGGUGGAAUCUGGGUCAGAUGCGAUCUUCCAAGGCCGCACGUCUCUGCCCGAGCGGCUCGGGGGUGGAGGUCCACGGCCUCCGGCGGAUCGACGGUACCCUCUUUCUCCGUCUGGCUAAACGUCGAUGACCCGUCGUCGGUCUCUCGGCCCUGUGUCGGAUGGCAAGCGCCCCUCCCGCCCCGCUUUCGGAGGGCGACCUCGCCGUGCUGGGGAGGCUGGCCUCUGUUACCGUGGACAGACGUAGAAGCCCGUAAGCGUGGCUGUGACGUUUCUUGGUGUGUGAGGCCGAGCGCCACCGGCGCGCCGGACUCUGCCUUGAAGGCAGCUAAACUUCAGUGAAGUAGGCUUUCGAGGACCCGUUUUUAAUAAAUUAUUUUGUUACUUAAA